GUCUCACUGGCAACGCCUGCCAGUGCACCAACAUCAUUGCCUCGCCACUCUAUUACGACCAUGACAUUGUUUCCACGUCCGGUCUCUCAAGACAACGGCGACGUACCCAGAUAUAAAGACGGGCAUCGAAGAAGAUUCAGUCAGUGUCGACAACACUCCUUUGCCUUCAUUUGACAAUUCCGAUCGAGAGCAGAAUACGGAGAAACGUCAAGAUGCGUCUCACCUCACUUUGUAUGGUCGUCCUGCUGGUCGUACUGGGAAGCACUAUCCAGGUGGAAAGUGGCAGGCGGCUUCCCCCACGCCUUCGUAGACUGCUUUUCCGGAUAAGGGGAUUUGCCUUUGGUCAGAGGAGGUGCAUCACGCAGAAUGGAUGCUCACGCAAUAGAUGCUGUGUGAGGGAAAUUGAACCCAAUGAUGCUGGCGAUGGCGUGACUUUUGACCGAUUCGGAAUGUGUGUCAAAGCUUCCGACCUGCUCAAUGAGGAAGAAUUCAUGCUGAACAGAAUCGAUGAUGAAAUCGCCGCGGCCACAGACCGCGCCGCCGAGCUCGCCACACAAUCUGUAGGUCAGGAUCUUCUGAUCAUCUGCCGUCCCGGAACGCUUGGACCACAGCAGGAGGAUAUGAGCAUGAGGAAGAAGAGGGGCGUGCAGAUCGAGGCUGACAGGCUCGUACGCAUUCUCCAAGGUCCCGACGUGGCCACUGCAGCGGAAGUAGUGGACAGUGGCAGCGGGGAGAUAGAAGAAGACCCAGCUGCUCCGGAAUCGCGACGUGAACCAGAGCAGGCCAAGGCUCAGCUGGCCAAGGUUCAGCAGGCCGAGGCCACAGAGAACGAAAAGCGAGCGCCCGCCAUGUCGCAGUUCAAGAAGCAGGCGCAGGCCGCUGAGGACCUGUUGUCAAACCUGGUAAACGAGCUGGACACCAUCCAGAAAUAGACGCACGGAGCACUUGACAGCCUUUGCACGAUCUGCCUCCACAAUCAACUGCAUGCUAGAGAAGGCUAUAGACUAUAGUACUAGUCAAUGAUGAAAUCGAUAUCAUUUCCAAAUCAUGUUCACUGCUUAUGUCUUGCUACUAUUAGUCAUUAUCUGUGCAGCAAAUCGUACCUACCAAUCUUUACCUUUCCUCAGCCCCCACAACCUGUCUACAUGACUAUAGUUACACUCGACAAUUUCAACUGAAUCUACACCUGACAACCUGCACGGAAUUUGGAGAUUCUUACUAUUCAUUCUUGAUUGAUGUACCCUUGAGGUAUGAUACAUUGCA